UCACACUUGUCUCUAUUUAUACCUGUACGGGUAACAUUUGGCUAAAAACCUAAUCGCACUUCAAUCACUAAAAUGUGUGUGCAUCUGCAGCCUGAUCAGUCUGAGAGGAAUAGUAGGACUGUGUAUCGAGUUUCCGGACAGCUGGACUAACGUCAGAAGCAAAGUUGUGGUUUGGCUCCGUCACCAUAAAAUGUAUCUGGGCACUCAGGUGGAGAAGGAAGAAGCAUCGUUCUGAGUGAGGUCCAGCGGCUGGCAUCGAGAGAGCGACUGUGCGGGUGGAGGGCGAGCCUGCAUGUCCCGGGACUCGCGAUCGGCAACUGGGUGAUGCCAAAGCUGGAAAGAGAGGCUGAUAUGGGGGCUGUGCAUCUGAGUCUUCUGACCUUCCUGCUGAAUCCCUGGAUGGUUCUCUCCAUUAAAAAUCUCACCUGUGUCAAUGACUAUAUCAACAACAUCACCUGUGUCUGGAACGCCUCCGCAGUGGGUCCAGGGGCGGUCUGCCAUCUCCAAGGACAAAAGGCAAACAGUGUCAGGACAUGUGAUCUGAAGCCUUUGAUGGGAUCAGACGGCACUUUGAGGGGCUGCCAUCUUGUUUUUGUGUCAAAUCGAUUUAUUUCUCUGGACAAGAUACCACUUAAUGUUACAUGUAACAACUCUACCAUGGUCAGGAUGCACAGAUACUCACCAGCAAAUUUCAUCAAAAUGCAUCCCCCCGGCAGGCCUAUCGUACUCAAGUCCAACGUGUCAUGGAGUCCCGGUCACCCCUUGUCAUCUUACAUAUUUACUUACAAGUUUCAAAUGCAGUUCAAGCUUGAGAAACAUGGAUGGGAGCAGGCGCAGGACGUCACCACUGAACUUAAAAAGUGGGUGGAGCUAAAUGAAGACAUGCUGGAGAAAGCGGCGCUGUAUCAGGCCCGGGUCCGGGUUCGUCCGGAAAAGGACCUCUUAGGGGUUUGGAGCGACUGGAGUCCCACCGCUUCCUGGAGGUCAGAGGUUGGGAAUCUUCCCUCCUCACAAGGCUUUAGCUGGACUGUGGAGAUCCACGUGGGGCUCGUGGUCAGCUUCGUGAUCGUAGUGAUUUUCGUGGUUUUCCUUUGCUGCACCUACCAGGAGAAAUGGUUCUACCAGGAUAAAUGUCUGCACGUUCCCGACCCCUCGAAAUACUUUGCCAGCCUCCACUCUAUUCACAAGGGAAACUUCCAGAAAUGGUUAAGUCCCAUGUUCUCACCGGAGUCUUUCGACAUUCUAUGCAACUCCGAGGAUAUUUCGGUGCUGGAGAUCUCCAAAGAGAAAGUCACCCCAACCUACCUGGAGUUCAGCAACCUGGCCAAACAGUGGGACAGUAGUGGUCAUUCCACCUUCUCCAACUUAGGAUACCUAUAUUCCAAGUACCCCAGCUCCUAUGAGAUCGAGCCCUGCUCCGUCUACUUCAGCUACCAGUCGGGUGAGGGUCUCCUCGGAGGAGAGCAGUGUGAGGACGAUAGCUGUUAUGAACCUACUCUUCAAACGAGCACCUCCUAUGAGUGUCUAGCGAAGAUAGGAGACUUCCAGAGGCAUGCUGAGGGGCCCGACUCAGGCUUCGGGACUGGCCAGGAGGAUCAAGAAAUGGAGGAGAAUGAAGAGGAGAAGGUGGAGCCGAGCAGACUUGGAGAAUCAGCACACUGGCCUGCUUCUUCUGUGGCAUGUCCUCCAUCUAGAGCAUCCGUCUUUCCUGCAGCCUCCUCUCAGCCCUUCCACAGCUUCCCACAGCUGCCCUAUCCCGUUCCCUGUGACCUAGGUUUAGCAGAUAGGCCCAGCGCCGCCGUGGAAUCAUUUGGUGUAACCCCCGGCAGGUUCUCCUCAGUGAAACUGGAGCCCUCCAAAGGCGGAUACCUGUCACUGCAGGACAUGGAGCUCCCUGGAGGCAACAAGACCAUCGGGAAAGCUUAAAAGCUAAUCAGGAUAGGGUCAGUUUAUGAAUGGACGUCUUGCGAAUUUUUGCAGUCGUCCUCAUAAGCUCUGUCAGAAAGGACAGACGUUGUGGGGGAGUGUUCCCUUACCGUUACACUGAGGUUUGCACCACAGAUUGUACAGACCAUGCUGUCUUUCAGCUCUGUAACUCUUUGCUCCCUGCAGACACCGUGCCAAAUGCCGCAGGUUAGACAGACUUAUAGGAGUCCUAUAGGAGUGUGGGAAGGUGGUCCAUCUUUUUAUGGAGAGCAUUUGGGUGCAGGAAGAUCACAUGCAGUCACGGCACGAGGGCUGUCCUGCCUCCUGUAUUCCACGCAAGCUGCCCAUGAACUUGUGUCAUAAUCAAUGACAAAAAAGCAGAAUCUUUUAAUCAUAUUCACUUAAUUGCUUUUCAUUGCAUUAAUAAACUCUCCAUUUGAAAUUUAUUUGAGAUGAAGUGUAUGGAUGCUGUGGAUUUGUAUGUACAACAUGUUCAUGUGCUGUAUGCUUGUCCCUUUUAGGCAAUUAAGUUGGUAUUUUUCCUUUUUUUUUAACUUUCUGUGAAAUACUGUCAUAGUUUGAAAGUAAACAAGCCUUUGUAUAGUAUGUUUUAUAUGCUGUUAGCUGACUCAGCUUCUGGGCUGACUGUAUGAACUGAAAAUAAAUGAUACGCUGCCCAUUUU